GCUCAUUGCGUUUUCAAACGUCACUAAUGCUCCUCCUCCGGGAUCCCAUACCUGGAAUUAUUUCCUGAGGUUAGAUUCGUGAUUGGCGUGUUCAGUUCCGGAGUGCUGAGUGGAGUCUGGAGGCAGCGGCAUCUGAGAAAAAUAAACGCAACGAAGAGGCGCAAGCACGGGAGAAAGAUGCUGUGGUCCCCCCUCAAGAACAGGCUGUAAUGUGCUGACAUACCACUAUGGGCAGGCGCUACCCAGGAGCUUACUAUUGUUCAAACAAGUCACACUUCAAAUUCUAACCUAUAUCCUGAUAUCUCCAUUGUUGAAGCCCUCCUGCGAUUCAUGUCUGAAGUGCUUCCAGUUGAUUCCUCUAUGGACAUAAUGUCAGUGUGUGUGGCAUCAAAUGGCAGUGUAACGGACGUGGUAAAUCGCAACGGCCCCGCUCCCCCCAACUCGCUCAGCCUGCACACCUCCCACAACGAGCUGCUGAACUCAGAGGUCAGUCUUACAGAGGUCAAGAACAACACCCCGCCAAAGUGUCGCAAGAAAUAUGCCCUAACCAGCAUCCAGAGCGCCAUGGGCCUAAGUGAGCCAGCAGCACAGCCCCCCCUGGGCAACGCCGCCACCACCACCACCUCUUCAGCCAACCCCAAACUGGCCAAAAACGGGGAGAACCAGCUGCGCAAAGCAGCCGAGCAGGACCUAAACAAGAACUUCACAAAGUCCACCACAGUCUCCGGUCGCAACAUCAUCUCUGAGCAACUGGAGGGUAAGGAGAUCAAGUCCAAUCAACCCAAGAGAACCAAGAGCUUCCUGAACGACUUUGUUGACCUGGAGGGAGAGACCCUGCUUAAUGAACGGAACUCCAAAGAGGGACAGGAUCCUCCAGCGCUGAACGGUGACGACCUCCCACCCUUCAAGUAUCAAAACGAGCCUGCUAGCCCCGAAGAGUCUCAGAUCUCCAUGGCCUCAUCAAGCCCUGAGACUAAAAAGGACCAGCCCAAAACAGGUGCCAAAACUGACUGUGCACUCAACCGGAUCCAGAGCCUGGUCCCCAGCGACGAGGACUCCAGUUGGACAACACUCUCGCAGGACAGUGCUUCCCUCAGCUCACCAGAGGAAGCAGCUGAUAUAUGGAGUGACCAGUCAUUUCAGACCGAUCCUGACCUGCCCCCGGGCUGGAAGAAAAUCAAUGACAUAGGUGGUAUAUAUUACUGGCACAUACCAACAGGAACAACCCAAUGGGAACGCCCUGUCUCCUUAUCAGCUGACAUCCAGGGGUCACGAAAUGGGUCACUGAGUUCAGUUACCCCGUCUCCCACUCCAGAAAAUGAGCAGGCAGAGACUCAGAAUGAGGUGUUUCAUCGGCCUGCAAUCUGGCCUGCAAGCAGCGCGUCAGAAGACUCCGCUGAGCAGCCUGCCAUCUCAUCCUCUGACAGCACCGUGCCCUCCUGUGGCUUUGUUAACAGUUGUUACUUUAAACAGCCAUGGAGUGAUUUUGCUGUGCUGAAUGGGGGAAAGAUUGAUAGUGAAAUUUGGAAGGAUCUGCAAGCAGCCACAGUAAAUCCUGACCCCAGUCUAAAGGAGUUUGAAGGAGCCACCUUGCGCUAUGCCUCUUUGAAACUCAGAAAUGUGUCCCAGUCGGACGAGGAGGAUUCCUGCAGCAUUAACAGUGACCCAGAAGUCAAGUGCUUUGCAGUGCGCUCUCUGGGCUGGGUGGAAAUGGCGGAGGAGGACCUGGCUCCGGGGAAGAGCAGUGUUGCUGUUAAUAACUGCAUCCGUCAGCUCUCCUACUGCAAGAACGACAUCCGAGACACCGUCGGGAUAUGGGGAGAGGGAAAGGACAUGUAUCUGAUUUUGGAGAACAAUAUGCUGAACCUGGUUGACCCCAUGGAUCGCUCCACUCUUCAUUCCCAGCCCAUUGUGAGCAUCAGAGUGUGGGGAGUAGGCCGGGACAAUGGGAGGGACUUUGCAUAUGUAGCAAGAGACAAAGACACCCGGAUCUUAAAAUGUCAUGUGUUCCGAUGUGACACCCCAGCGAAAGCCAUUGCAACCAGUCUUCACGAAAUCUGUUCCAAGAUCAUGGCAGAGCGUAAGAACGCCAAAGCCGUAGCUGGCAGCUCUCUUCAGGAGAGAGUCAGUGUGGGUCUGGAUGUUCCCCUGCAAGAUUUCCCUACACCAAAGACAGAGCUGGUGCAGAAGUUCCAUGUGCUCUACCUGGGAAUGUUACCUGUGGCCAAACCUAUUGGCUUCAGAACGGGCUGCAGAAACGCUGCCUGGCCAAUGGGAGUUGAGACAGCUGUGAUUCUGGCCAAUGGGAGUAUAGAGGAGGCGGAGACAGCCUUCCUUGUGUGUUGUGGCCAGAGAGGAAUCAGUAAGCGAGCAGAAACUCGCUGCUAUGACUGGCCUGGGGGCAACAACUCCCAGAAAAUGCAAUUGCUAACUCUUAACAGCAUGGAUAUACUGAAUGGUGCCAUAGACAGCCUGGUGUCUGCCUCCGGCAAAGAAGACUGGAUGCCAGUCAUUUUAAAUGUGGCUGAUGCUACAGUUACAGUGAUCAAGGAAAAGAAGGAAGAUGAGGUACUGGUGGAGUGUCGAGUGCGCUUUCUUUCCUUCAUGGGAGUCGGAAGAGAUAUCCACACUUUUGCUUUCAUCAUGGAUUCAGGAAACCAGCAUUUUGAGUCCCAUGUUUUCUGGUGUGAGCCCAAUGCUGGGGAUGUGUCUGAGGCUGUACAGGCAGCUUGUAUGUUGCGGUACCAGAAGUGUUUAGUCGCCCGACCUCCUUCACAGAAAGCCCGCUCUGCCAGUCCUCCAACAGACUCUGUGACCAGACGUGUCACAACCAGCGUGAAACGAGGAGUGUUGUCCCUUAUUGACACUUUGAAACAGAAGAGACCCGUAGCAGAGCUGCCACAAUAGAAAUGUAAAGCCCAGCCUGGAAGGAUUCGUUGGGACUCAAUUGAACAGUACCAGUUUGAGGAUUCCGUAACUACACAGGAACACGCUGGUAUUCAGCCUUCCUUCCAUUUGUCGCCGCCUCUUUGUCUCCAGUGUUCUAUCUUAUUAAGUGUACAACAAGCAUGUUCUAACAUUCUAGCCGUCAUGAUGUGAUGUGAAGAGAUGCAUGAAUACUUUCUUUUAUUUUUGUUGCUGUCAUCACUAAAUUAAAGACCAACAGCUGGACUUUUAUUUCUCUUUUUUUCUGUGGUGGGAUCGAGUUCUUUGGAUCGACAUACUUCUCCGAAUGUUCAGUAAUAUUGCUUCCAUCGGACUAGUUACCCACCUGAAAUACAGAUAUACUUUACCAGAGCACUUUUCUCUGUCACGACACUGGAAUAGAUAGUAAAUAUUGCUUGGUGUUAUUGUGUCAUUGCUGUUCACAUGCAGCUCGUCCUGAAGCUUUCCUAUCCAUGAUCUGCAUUUAAAAACAAGGUUGUUUUACUUGUUUUUCUUUUUAUGUUCUAUGCAUUAUGUUAGGCUCUGAAGAUCUUUAUGGUUUGAAUCGUUUUGUCGGGUAUGUGCUGUGGAGUGGAAGUUGUACACUGUUUGAAGAUGCUGUUUGACACACAUUCCAUAGAUGUUGUAAAUUCACUGCUGGUAGAUCUAGUGUCAGUUGACGCCACUUUGCCUAACUUUGUUGCAGUACUUCUUAGGUGAUUGUAAAAUGUGUUUCUAGUUGUGGGUGGGGAGGGGAGGGGGGGGGGGGGGGGUGCCAAACCUGUGUGCACAUUUCUAUAAAUUGAAAAUAUUAGCAUUAAAUGUAUAUGAAGAUAGAUAAGCAUUUGCAAAGAACCCUGUAGGAGGGGAGGGGUGAUGAAAUGAUAGAAAUGCCAGAAAUGUAUGAAUUGUAUGUGUAUCUUGUCUUUCACUACACUGCGUUAAAAUACCAUAUCAGUUAUUAUUUUUGUUUUGCCUCCAAGCAGUUUUGCUCCCUUGCUUAACUUUACCAAGGUGACAUUGUGGCAAGAAUGGCUUCUUAUAAGUGAUGAUCAAAACCUUGUAGUCCGGUAACAAAUUAAACUGCAGCGUUCAUAGUGUCAGUCACUAUCUUAUUAAUAUCAGGACUAUCUAUAUAAACAUGUAUAUAUAUCCAGCACAUAUUUGAAUUUGUGUAAAGCUUUUAAUUCUUUCUGAGCAAAUGUCAGCUGCUCUAUUGGGCAGGUUCAAGAUGCGAACAAAGCACCAUUUUUUUUCUUUUAUAAAGGAAGUUGAAAGUUUGAGAACAUAUGAAUUUGUUCUGUUUGUAAAACCAGAUUUGCAUACAUACAUUGGUUUAUAAGCAAUUUUUAUUUACAUUUUUUGGAAAGCCUUGAAACAUCUUUGUCAAAUACUUUACUCUGCUAUGGACAAAGUGUAAUGCUUAGAUGUCAGGGUUGUAGAUUUAUUUACUGUGUUUAGCCCAAUUAGUUGCACUGAGACUACAGCUACCCAAGCAUUAUCUAUGCAGUCUUUAUAUGUAGCUGUUCUCAAAGCAGAUGUCACUUUGCCUUGCAUGUCCCGUGACAAUUUAAAAAAAUUAUGUGAAAUAUAUAUUUUUUAUUUAUUCUUUUUUAUGUUGAAGUAUACCAGGUUUUUAUUAUGUUGAGGUAUUAUGUAUACUGUAUUCUCUCUCUCUCUCACACACUGUAGCCAGCACUAAUUACUCGAUUGUAAUUAUUUGUCAAGAUGACAAUGCAGAUUAAUAAAGGAUUAUUCACACAUAUCUGAAAGAAUGAGCCAAAGCUUUGCUGUAUAGCAGGCUGGACAAAUAAUCCUGUAGCAAAAUGGAAACAUUUGUUCUCUUCUAGUUGUGAAAAUAUGCUAAAGAUUCCAGUAUAUUUAUCAGAUAUGUGGCAGUGCAGCUGAAUAUUGCAUUUGAUCAAUUAAAGCCAUGUUGCUUCUGAGGAUGGUAAUGCUGUCCUUACUGUUUUAUAAUGUUGUACAGUAAAGAAAAAAAAAACGCAUGAAGGGAUUUGUACCCCAAGGAUAUGUGCGUAUGUCUGUGUGUGAGUGUGUUGUACAGUUGAGUUGACUAAGCAUUCAAUGCUUGUUGAUACUGUAGUAGUUUUGGUUCUCAUUUUAAUUUCUGGGCUGAGGGGGUAGGGAUUGGGGGGGAGAUGCUCUCUGAUCUUUAACUUUUAAAGCCGAUUGAGAGAAGUAGCUUCCAGCAGGUUAUUUUCAGCGUGACUGCUGCUUUUUUGAUGGGAGAGCUAGACUGUUCCAAUUGUGUAAUGCUGAGUCCGAAUGAAGGUGGACAUGUCUAAAUCUGAAACAAAUGCGGUAUCUGAAGCAGCUCUGGUAAACAUGCACAUCACAAGAAUUUACCCAAGUGCAGUACUUUGUAGUGUUAUGGCCUGUUGUGAAUACACAUCACUUACUUCUGCUGUAUUUUUGGUUCUGGCCAACUCUUCUCUAAUUCGUCAAAGUCAAAAUGCUUGUUAGUUUUAUGCAGCUGAUUUACAGUAAACAAGUUUGUUUUCUUCUGCUGUUCACUAAUUUUACACCAUAUAAAUGUAAUCUGUUGUGAGAAUAAACUGCAUAUAAAAAUACA